AUGUAUCGGAAGUUGUCUAAGUUAGAACACUCGGAAAUAAAACAACUUCUUACAGAAGCUAAUAUAGAUGUUGCAAAGCAUUACACAACAAACAAAAAGGCACUCGCUGACAUCCUCAAUGACUAUAAUGGUGAAAUAACUUAUGAUAGAAUUCAUGAGUUCAUAAAGCCGCAACGCGGCGAGGACGAAGUCCAUGCAAUAGCAUUUCCUUUAAAUGACAUUGCUAUUGACUUAUAUCAUAGACGUUCAAUACCUCAUGAAGUAAGAAGAGAAAUGUUUGACAUAACAAAUGCGAACGUUGGUCAUACUCGUAAAGCUCUUUCGCAUGAUGUUCGUCAAGAGAUGUUUGACAUAACAAAGCCGCAUGACGGCGCGGGCGUAGCCCAUGCGAACGUUGGUGAAACAAGAAGAAGAGACGACACACUGAAACAACAGAGAAGAGAGAUGUUUAAGAGCGCUAUAGAACAAGUUCGCAAAGCUAACGAUGUCAUUCGUUCCAUUGACGACAAACCAAAAGAAGGUGAGAGAUGGUUAAAGAAAGAUGAAGAGAAUAGGAAGAGAAAUGUGAAGUCAGGCAAUAGACUCAUUGACUUUAACAUCGAAGCUUUAGAUGAACCAAACAGAGACUACUUACACAAACAUUUCGGUAAGGUUUUCAUGAGACUCUUAGAGAAAAUUAAAAUAAACUCACAACAGAGAUGGAUGGUAUGUUAUAAACUUGGUGGAAAGUAUGAAUGUUCUACGUUAAACCUCAAUAAUAUUGGAACAUUACUACAUCAGCUCUUGAAGGAGAACUUUAUAUCAGAGAUAGAAGCAAAUGCCGCAGGUAUUGUUGAAAUGCACUAUGACUUCUUCUUGACAAACAUAAAGAAUCUUACCGAAAUAAAGAUGUAUGAUUUAACAGAAUAUGAAGGCUUAACGAUGUCAGAUGUAAAGAAAGGCAAACCAAAAAAGAGACCAUAUAGAGAUGAAAGCACACUGACAAAUGACCAGAAAGCCAUUUUGGAAGCUCUUAAGCAAACAGGAAACCCAGCACUUAUAGAAAGCUUUUGGAAAGAUAAUGGUGAAAAGAAGUUUUAUAAGAAGAGAAGCGGUCAGUUCUGGAAGUAUCUUUGCACAUUACCUAUAAAUCUUGAACGCUACC